CUUCGCGGAAAUGGCUUUGCUUUGUCACACCCUUGGGUAUAUAUAAGGAAUCCUCAAGGCUCCUGUUGGAUGCCAUAUGCUCUCUGCUCCUCAACAACAGCUUUGACAGAUCCAAAAGAACUCAAGCUUCAGACAUGAAGUCCUUCAAAGUUCUCUUCCUCCUUUUGGUCUCUGUCAGCUUUGUGCUGAUGGAAGAAAAUGACUCAAGAGAAAACACAAAGAACUCCAAGUUUCUGCAGAGACGGUAUUCAGAGGGGACAUUAGCAAGCGAUUACAGUCGAACUUUGGACAGCAUGAUGAAGAAGAACUUUGUGGAGUGGCUCUUGAACAGGAGAGAGAGCAUGACUGAUAACAGAAUUGACCCAUCCAGGAGAGAUACCGAACUCACAGCAUUAGAUACAAGGAAUCAAGGCAUUGAAGCUGGAUCUCAGGAGGCAAUGGACUUCAUCAAAUGCAUUCUGCGAAAUAUGGGGAAACAGAGCCUGGCUCUGCCAAAAGGUUCAGAUGACUGGAAGGACGUCCGGAGGCAAGAACAUCUGGCAUGGCUGAUUUCUGCUGACCUCUGCAGGCCAAUGCUUCAAUAGCUGACAGCUUCCUUGAGGAGAAAAAAUGGACUAACUUCUGUACUCUCCUUGUUUUGUACCUUUUGCUAAUGAGUGUCAACAAUAAUUAUGACAGCAGCAAUAAAACAAUUUAUUAUCAAGUUCA